ACUGCCAGUCUAUCAUUCGCAAGCCCCAAGACCGGAAGCCCUUAGACGGCGAGAGGACGAACACGAAGUCGGAACUCCAACCGCGACGGCUGUGAGCCUAACGGCCUGCGACGCUUCGCGUUUGGCCGCCUCCUGACGACCCGACCGGUGCCCGACCCUGCCCCUUCUCAGGCUGCUAUUCCGGAUUUCGAUUCUUCCCAAAAUCCAUCCCGGCAGCCCCUUCAGCCCCCCCCCCCCCCCCCCCCCCUCCCUUCAGACUUCAGUGCUCCCUGAGUGGACUUCUGAGCAUGAUGGACUCGCAAACCCAGAAUACUUCUUUGCAGAGGCUUCAAAAUGUUGAAAAGAGGAUAGUUAGGGUUUUAGAGCUAGCUGGAGGAGUAAUGGAUGAAUUGGCAAAGCCAAGUGGCCCUAGGAAGGAGCUCAUUAACAACCAAUGCAGUGAGUUCAUGCAACUAAUAAAGGAUAUCCAGGUGACACUAAGAGAAGAAAUCAAAAGUGCUUGUGAAUAUCGUCCAUUUGAGAAGUGUGACUAUGUUCCAAGAAUAGCUAAUGAGAUCUGUUGCAAGAAACUGGAAUGUGUCCUCGCACAACUAGAUGAGAUGAAGCAGACCGUUGAAAAUUAUAACGGUUUAACAUGAAGCUAUAUCUUCUUAUUGUAAUAGAAGUUGUAAUAGGUAAGCUACAAUACAUUUAGUCAGUAAAACUUCUGUUGCUAGCUGCUGCACAGCUGAACCAUGUAGAUUGUGCUGUUUUAGCACCAAAGCAAGUUAUAUCUAUCUACCUUUAUUGAAGUUUAUAUAUCAUGUAGGGAUUGUUGGGAUUGAAUAUUUUCAUUGAUGCGCAUACAAUCAAGUUAUAUCUCCUCAUUGGAGGCAGCUA